AUGUUCACACACCAGACACCCGAACCCUGUUAUCGGCUCGACCCCCAACGAGUCUCUCCACAGCUCGGCGCUCGGACGACCCCCGACGACAGCCACUGCGGGUCAGGACCGGCUCCACACCCCCUCCCCAGGCAGCAGCGCGCAGUGUCUUCCGUGGGGACGGAGGAGUCGGGCGCUGCGGACCGCGGCGGCAAUGCUGCGGGGACGGCGAGGCUGCUCCGAGUGUCUAUGCCCCCUCUGCUGCCGCUCCCGAACUCAGGCUCGGUCUCCGACUUGGCCCCCUGCGCCCGCUCAGUGUCACUGCUUCUCGCUCUGGGAAAAUGGCGGCGACGGCGGCGGCGGCGGCGGCGGCGGCAGCGGCGGCGGCGGCGGCGGCGGCGGCAAGCGCACGGGGCCCGCCCGCCCCGCUCCGCAGGGGCAGGGGGGAGGGGACGAAGCUACUCGCCGCCAUCUUGUUUAUGGGCUGCCUCCAGGCGCGGCCUCUGCGCCGGGCCGUGGAGACGUCACGCGGGAGGCCGCGAGCCGGCCAGACGCUCCCUCUUUUUCACAACAGGUGCACCCAGCCAUUCGCCGACGGUUGUGGAGGUCUCGCUAGCGGGUGGGCUUGGCUCUCUACCCGUUGUCCCCGAGCAGCCCUCAAGUCUGGAUGUCGGUGAGCCCGAGGAGGACAGCGGGGACGGGGACGACCCCCCGCCCAUCGCUCCCACCCCCGGCAGCCUUGUCCUGCCGUCCCCGCCCCCGCCCCGGUCUGGCCUGCCAGCGCAGGGUGAGCCCGGUCGGGUUGUCACUCGACGCCCACUAGUGGCUGAGGAGGCUCCAGUGCGCAGGCUCGGGGCACCGGAUAAAAGUGGAGCUGGCGAGUCCGGCGCCGUCACGAUGGAGGAGCAAGAAACGGAAGAGGUCAGGGGGAGAAGCCGCAGAAAAAAGUGCAGCCAUCGUCAGCGCCGCCUCCCUGCCACCGUGUACGGGGUAAAAGCCGCCGUUGCCGCUGCCGGUGCCGCCGCCGCCGCCGCCGCCGCCUAGACUCCUUAGCGGCGGGGAAGGAUUCCCCAGCCGCGGAACAGUGUGCUGGGGGGGGAGCGGGAGUUCGUUUGUGUGGCGGUGAUUAAACGGGGGAGGGGGCAGAGCUGCUUUCUCGGAGCGAAAAGGGGAUACCAAGGAAUAAAACGGGUUUCCCCACUAAAGUCACACAGCGAUCACGGAUCUGGCUUUGGGGCCUUUCCCCGAAAUGGCGGUUUCCGUCCUCCUGGCCCACGGCACGACCUUGGGUGCUCUGGAAGAGGAGUGGGGAGAGGCAGAGCGGUGUCGGCAGCCAAUCGGCGCCUGGUGGCUUGUGUCGGGUGCGUCAGGAUUGGCUGGCGAUGACCUCAUGCUGCAGCAGCGGGUGGGGCCAGAGUCGCCGGGGGAGUCUGUAGCGAAGGCAGAGAGGGAGAAGUGAUGACGGCGAUCGUUGUCGCCGCGGCCUCUUUGGAACCCAAGCAGUGGCGAAGGAAGUCUCAAGGCUCUUCCCUGAUCAUUUGCUCCUCUCCCUGCGCGAGUUAUUUCAGAAUGAUGUAGCUGCUUCGGGUCCUUUUCUCCUGGUCCCUGUGCUGGCUGACUCCAUCCGAGCAGACAUUCCUGGGGAGCAGAGGUGCCCAGCGAUGGAUCAGCUGUGGGAAGACCCUGGAGUCUUAGUUUUGCACAUUUCUUUUUGAGAGUGUUACUUGAAUCUGUUUGAAUUGCGGGAGAGAAUUGAGGUAAUAGAGGAGACUUGACGAGUGUCACCACUGGCGGGGCCGGGUAGACAGAGGGAAGGAGCAUGGGGCAGAAACUGAGGGCGGGAGGUGGUCCUCCUCCUCUUCCCUUGCGACUGUGUCUCCAGUCGGGGUGGCACUGUGUGAGCAUUAAAGUCUGUGACCGCUUGUCA